UUUCAGAUAAAAACUCUGAAUCUCUCUCUAGAGCCGACUUACUAUGCCACUCCCGCUUACUCUCCUCUCAAACACUGACUUGAGCUUCGGAGCAGGUCCCUGCCGACCGCUGGCCAGCGGGUUCCUCUUUUGCAGGUGUCCAUCUCGAAGGCUGGUGGUGGCGGACGUUGGCCAGGAGGACGAUGCUCACCGGACCUCAAACACAUUGAAGCAGGCUCCUCCAAGCUUGAUAUCAACAAUUGGCGCCCACCAUGGGGCCCAGUGAGAUUAAUACCAACAAACCGUCAAUCCAACAAGACGAGGUGGAUACAUAGGAUCUGCAACCCGAAGCCGGGAUUCGUCAAGAUGCAACUCCAAAAUCAAUCGAGUUACUAUCUUCAAGAAUCGAAGAUCCCAACGAGGUGGACACAUAGAAUCUGAAAUCCAAAGCCGGGAUUCGUCAAGAUGCAACUCUAAACAUCAAUCAAGGUUCUAUCUCCAAGAAUCGAGGAUCCCAACGAGAUGGACAUGCAGGAUCUACAAACCGAAGAUGGGAUUCGUCAAGAUGCAACUCCAAACAUCAAUCAAGUUGCUAUCUUCAAGAAUUGAGAAUCCCAACGAGAUGGGCAUGCAUGAUCUGCAACCCGAAGAAGGAAUUCGUCAAGAUGCAACUACAAACAUCAAUCAAUUUGCUAUCUCCAAGAAUCGAGGAUCUCCCAACCAAGAUUGAGUUGUGUCAAUCUUUGGUCUGGAACUGUGGGCCCUCAACCCCACUAGUUCCUCCAUCAAUUUGUCGCGAAAUCAUAGGAUCCUCAAGUCCUCUCAUGGAAUGGCACCCUGACAUCAACAAUUGGCACCUACAGUAAGGCUUGAUGAAAAGUUUCAUAAAAAAUUUGCGCUUACUAUGGAGCUCGGUGAAGAAAUUUACAAAUUGUCA